ACGUCACGGCCAGCUCCGUGACGCGCGGCCAGGGCAGCCCGCGGAGACCGAGGCUCCUCUGUGACGUCAGCAGCCGGCCGGGACACAGCGGGAGGGCAGGUGCGACCGCGGGUCCUGCCGACUUCACGCAGGGUCCGUGGGGUCCCCGCGGCGCGCAGCGGCUGAAGGAGGCCCCAAGGCCUCGGCGACCGCGGCGGCGGCUUUAGCGUCAGUGACUAGGCAGCAGGGGGUCAGGAUGCGGCGAAGUUCCCGCCCGGGCUCGGCCUCGUCCUCGCGCAAGCACACGCCCAACUUUUUCAGCGAGAACAGCUCAAUGAGCAUCACCUCGGAGGACAGCAAAGGGCUCCGGUCAGCGGGGACGGGGCCUGGGGAGCCCGAGGGCAGAAGAGCCCGGGGCCCGAGCUGCGGUGAGCCCGCCUUGAGCGCGGGAGUGCCCGGAGGAACCACAUGGGCAGGAAGCUCUCAGCAGAAGCCGGCGCCUCGGAGCCACAACUGGCAGACAGCCUGUGGCGCGGCAACCGUGAGGGGCGGGGCCUCGGAACCGACUGGGUCUCCAGUAGUCUCUGAGGAGCCGCUCGACCUUCUCCCGACCCUGGAUCUGAGGCAGGAGAUGCCUCCCCCGCGGGUGUUCAAGAGCUUUCUGAGCCUGCUCUUCCAGGGGCUGAGCGUGUCGUUAUCCCUGGCAGGAGACGUGCUGGUCAGCAUGUACAGGGAGGUCUGUUCCAUCCGCUUCCUGUUCACGGCUGUGUCGCUGCUGAGCCUCUUUCUAUCAGCAUUCUGGCUGGGGCUUCUGUACCUGGUCUCUCCUUUGGAGAAUGAACCUAAGGAAAUGCUGACUCUAAGUGAGUACCACGAGCGCGUGCGCUCCCAGGGGCAGCAGCUGCAGCAGCUCCAGGCCGAGCUGGAUAAACUCCACAAGGAGGUGUCCACUGUUCGGGCAGCCAACAGCGAGAGAGUGGCCAAGCUCGUGUUCCAGAGGCUGAAUGAGGACUUUGUGCGGAAGCCCGACUAUGCUUUGAGCUCUGUGGGAGCCUCCAUCGACCUGCGGAAGACAUCCCACGACUACGCAGACAGGAACACUGCCUACUUUUGGAAUCGCUUCAGCUUUUGGAACUACGCACGGCCGCCCACGGUUAUCCUGGAGCCCCACGUGUUCCCUGGGAAUUGCUGGGCUUUUGAAGGCGACCAAGGCCAGGUUGUGAUCCAACUGCCGGGCCGAGUGCAGCUGAGCGACAUCACUCUGCAGCAUCCACCGCCCAGCGUGGAGCACACCGGAGGAGCCAACAGCGCCCCCCGCGAUUUCGCGGUCUUUGGCCUCCAGGUUGAUGAUGAAACUGAAGUUUCCUUGGGGAAAUUCACCUUCGAUGUUGAGAAAUCGGAGAUUCAGACUUUCCACCUGCAGAAUGACCCCCCAGCUGCCUUUCCCAAGGUGAAGAUCCAGAUUCUAAGCAACUGGGGCCACCCCCAUUUCACGUGCUUGUAUCGAGUCCGUGCCCAUGGUGUGCGAACCUCAGAGGGGGCAGAGGGCAGUGCCACAGGGGGGCCCCAUUAAACAUGCUGAUUGUUGGAGUAGAACUGAGUUCUGCUGAAGGAUGCUGGAUCAGUGCUUUGGGGGGCUCUGUUGGGAGAGCUCUGCCUGCCAUUGAAUCUAAGUAUGGUGGGGUUGACUUCCCAAUGCAUCCUCUUUUCUUGGAGAAGUCUAGAUCAAGAUCGUAAUAGCAGCUCCUGUUUAUGGAGUGCCUACCAUGUACAAGAAACAGUGCUGUGGACAUUACACACAUUACCUAACUUCAUUCUCACAACCAGAGAGGGAAGCUGCUCAGGUCAGGAAACUUGUUCAAUGUCACACAGCUAGUGAAAGGCAGCACCAGAGCAGUACCCAGGCCCACCUGCCUCCAGAGGCGGUCCUCUAACUGCAGAGCUGCAGGCAGCCUGAACCCACCUUUGUGCUCAAUUCCCAGCCCCAGUGGGAAAGUGCCCAACUCCUGCUAGGUACAGGUGGAGGGGUAGCUACCCCCUUUCUGCAGGCACACACUCAAAAGCUAACGAGACUUGACAACCUCUAGGAAGCUUCUGAGUCACAGAGCUGAUGCAGGCCUGGUAGCCCCUACAUAGGUUGUCUUACUGAGACCUGAGUUCCCAGCUCUUGUGUGAGGCACAGCAUAGAUGAUUUAGUGUUCACCAGUCCCUGCCCUCAAGGAGCCUGACGGGAAAGAGGCUCCAGAAAACAGGACAAUGCAUUUACAGAUCCAAGAAUUCUUCACUCUAAGGGUCAAAAGUGGAAUUGCAGGGAAAAAAGACAGAGGAGAAGGCAACAAAGGAUUAAUGAGUUCUACCUAGGGGUAGGAAAGGAGGACCAGCAUGAGCAAAGCAACAUGCACCAUCUUGGAGGGCAAUGUGCCAUAUCUAUUAAAAUUUUAAAUAUACCCUUUGAUCUAGCACUUCCACUUUUAGGAACAAAUUCUUCAGAAACAUUCCUGUUAAGUGCACAAAGAUACGUGUACAAAGAUGUUCAUUAUAGCAUUGUUUGAAAAAAACUGGGAUUCAAAUCUCCAUGAGUGAGACUGGUACGCUCCUACAAAAAAAUAAGAUGUAGGCAUUAACACCUUCCCAAUGUGUUCAUGCUUUAGAAGAAUAUACAGACUACUAAUAGUGUUUAUACCUUUAAGAAGUGAAAUUCAGCCUGGCGUGGUGUCUCAUGCCUGUAGUCUCAGCACUUUGGGAGGCUGAGGAGGGUGGAUCAUGAGGUCAAGAGCUCAAGACCAUCCUGGCCAACAUGGUGAAACCCCAUCUCUACUAAAGAUACAAAAAUUAGCUGGGCGUUGUGGCAUGUGCCUGUAGUCCCAGUUACUUGGGAGACUGAGGCAGGAAAUCACUUGAAUCGGGAGGCAGAGGUUGCAGUGGGCCAAGAUCGUGCCACUGCACUCCAGCCUGGCGACAGAGUGAGACUCCGUCUCAAAUAAAAUAAAUAAAUAAAUAAAUAAAUAAAUAAUCUGGGGAAUUUUUUUUAUAAUUUGAAGAUGAAAAAAACUCCACUGAGUGCUCUCAAGGCCUAUUUUUAUUUUUUAUUUAUCAAAGCCUGAGUUUAGAAUUAUGAACUAAUGCAGCUUUUCUGGAGGGCAGUUUCACAACAGGAACCAAAAGCCUUACAACUUUUUGUACUCUUUACUCACAGCAAUUCCAUUUCUAAGAAUGUAUCCAUAGAAUACAUAGAUGUAUUCAAAGGUAAUAUUUAUAAGGAAAUUUAACAGCAUUGUUUAUAAAGAAAAUUGGAAACUUAGUAACCAAGUAGAUAAACUGUUAUAAAAAAUAAACAGCCAAUAGAAAUGGUAAUAUAAGAGAAUGUCUGAAGCCAUUGAAAGGAAUUAAUGAUAUAUAGGCUGGGCAUGGUGGCUCACGCCUGUAAUCCCAGCACUUUGGGAGGCCAAGGUGGGCGGAUCACCUGAGGUUUAGAGUUCAAGACCAGUCUGGCCAACAUUGUGAAACCCCAUCUCUACUAAAAAAAGUACAAAAAAAUUAGCCGGGCGUGGUGGCAGGCACCUGUAGUCCCAGCUACUCAGGAGGCUGAGGAAAGAGAAUUGCUUGAACCUGGGAGGUGGAGCUUGCAGUGAGCCGAGAUCGCGCCACUGCACUCCAGCCUGGGCGACAGAGCUAGACUCCAUCUCAAAAAAAAAAAAAAAUACAAAAAUU